CCAGCCGGUAGGAUCGUCGGUGCGAGUCCUUGCCGAGAGCAGGAGUGCGAGACCGCGCGCGUUAACGCGACCGGGUACACAGCCUGACUGACCCGCGAGGCCGCGCAUCUCGACGGCGUGUCCCGUGCCCCGAGUUCGCCCGGGAGAGGCCACCGAGUCGAGCGCCGUCGGGAGGUUCCCCGAGGGACGACACUUUUCCACCGAGACCGAGAACGACCGACUCGAGCCGCCUAUGGUUUACGAACGACCCAAGAUGCCGUCUUCGGUGCCAGCUACAUAAUAAUGUGGUGCGACGUUGGUCAGAGCUGUGCAAUGAUGGGUCUGCAGGCCACAGCAGGAAAACGCAAGCUAGAGGGAGGCGUGGGCUGCAUGGAGUUCGACAUGGACACGGGCGAGAGCCCGUCAAAGUUGGGCCGAGUGGAGGGCAGCUGGUGGGCGAUGGAGGACAGCUACACGCCGCCGCUGUCGCAGGCGCCCUCUUCGUACUACGACAUGGAGGUGUCGUCGGGACCGUGUCUGCAAGCAGCGCCGGCGUCCGUGACGGUGACGGCGACGGGGACGCCGACGUCCUCGCAGCUGCAGCACGCGCAGCACUACUACCACCAGCGCGUCCCGGGGAUCCCGGGGCUGCAGGGCAGCGCGGGGGGCACGGGGGCCACGGGUAGCGCGCCGAGCGCGACGAGCACGGGAGGUGGCAGCGGCGCCGGGGGCGGCGGCGGCGGAGGGGCCGCCGGGUCCGCGGCGAGUGCGGGAGGCGGCGGAAGCGGUGGUAGCGGCGGUGGUGGCGGCGGCGGUGGUAGCGGCGGCGGUGGUAGCGGCGGCGGUAGUGGCAGUGGCGGCGGCAGCGGCAGCGGGGCCAGCAGUGGCGGCGGCGGAGGUGGCGGCGGGGGCUACACGCAGCUGUCGAGGCCGCAGCCCCAGUGGGGCGCGCCGCACCACUACGAGCCCCCGACGAUACGCCGGGAGGAGAACGGAAAGAGCUACCUGGAGCUGGGCUCGAGCUACCGGGCGAACGAGCGGUGCUGCGAGGGCUCGAGGUCGAGCUGGUGCCGCAGGGGCCGGGCGUGCUACCGACAGAGGCGACUCGCCGUCCUGAACAUCUCGAUGUGCAAGCUGGCCAGGUACCGGCAGUUCCCGGACCCCAGCCUGCACCGGUCCGUCCUGAUCUGCAACACCCUGAGGCACCUGGAGCGCGAGAUGGAGAGGGACCGCAGCCCGCCCCCGAUGGAGCCCGUCCUGGUGCCGGCGCCCAUGAUGCAGAUGCAGGCCCCCGAGCAGGGCCGCCUCACCCCGUUCCCCCUGCCUCCGACCUCCUCGGCCGAGACCGACGUGGACUCGGGCAUCGGCGACAGCGACGACAGCCGGUCCAUCAACUGGGGCAGCGUCCUCUCCCUCUCCAGCCAGUCGCCCCUGGACCCGCUCAACAACAACGAGCUCCUCGACGUCGACAUCGGUCCCGACCUCGACCUCGACUUCAUGCCCGGCUGGAAGCUGACGCCCCUCUCGGCCGACGACAUCCUCCGGAGCACGGGCGCGGGCCAGCAGCCGCACCCGCACCACCCUCAGCACCCCCACGACCAGGCCGCGCCCUCGAGUAGCGCGGCGGCCGGCGGCCACGAGUCGCUCAUGUGCGUCGGAUCAUAGCCCCCGAUCCUCACCUCGUUGAGCCACCUCAUCGAUUUCUAUCCGCUCGGGCCGAGGCCCGCGAACGGCCAGCCCGCGGCGCCCUCCUAAGGCGCGCCCGCCCUCCCCCCUCCGGGGCCGGAGAGGCCCGCGCUUCCGCCGGAUCGUCGCCGAUCGUCGCGGCUCGCGGGAUGAACCCGCGCGUCGGCGAGGCCCCCUCCCCCUCCGCCCCGAGGUAGCCACCAGGUCACCAUCAGGUCGCCUCUCGAGGGCACCUCUGAGGUUCCAACGUCCGAGCCCCCGGGCCGGUGAUCGCUCGACGCAGCCCCGCGGGCCGCUCGCGGCGCGACCCAUCGCUCGCCCAGCAGCCUCCCGUUGGACCUCUCCCCGGACCUCCGCCUGGACCUUCGCCCGGACCCUGGGAGCCGCUCCGAGAAGAGGACCCCCGAGUACCGGCGAUCUCUGCGCACACGCCACGCGUACCCGCGCGUUACCUUACUUAGAUUACCUUACGCACGGAUUCACAGUAUGGUGCUAGGCUACGUCUACCCUGGUGCUUCGAAGAGUCGUCUCCGAGGAUGCAACCACUCGCGGGGGGCGCGUCGACGUCCCAGGACCCUCGGGAACUCGGGGAACCCGGAUUCCGAGGAUCGAGACCGUCGACUUUUGGCGAAACGUUCGCAAAGGAGCUGAAACCUCCUGGAGGACGUGGCUCCGGAUCCGGAAGGAGUGCGUAACGCUAUGACGAAUUCUCUGCGUCCGGCUCUCGACCCUCGGGCGUAGCUUCCCCGAGGAAGUCUCGGCGUUUAGGAAUCCCGGGGAGCGGCCGCGGCUCGGCGAAAACGGCAGGGUCGCUCGGUGCAAAAACCGCAGGCCGGCGCCGUCAAUUAGCGAAAUGUACCUGUAAUACCUGUAAUACCCCUCCCCCCGUGAAUCGGCAUAAUUCGGACGGGGCUCCGCCACAAAGGCCAUCGCCCACGGUACUGAUCUCCUGUAAUAUACAAUUAGCUUGUACGCAAACGCAAUGGGUUUUGGGCGCGCGCGUCCCGGUGCAAAUCCGACGAGCCGCGGCCCCGGAUAGCGAGCGGCGGGCUCCGGUUGGAAAUCCCAGAGAAGGUCUGCCGAACGAAUCGUUUUGAGAUCCGCUAGACGCGUCCUUCCGCGUCCUCACUUUCGUCUCUUUCGUCUCUUUCGCGAGGGGGAGAGAAGGCGGAGAUAAAAGGCGCAUGCGCGAGCGACCGCGGGAACGAGAGAAAAUCGAGACGCCGUGGCGUCCUCUUCGCCUCUCUCUCAUCGGCGCGAAGACGACGAGCAAUAUUAAUUCUUAUUGUCUUAGGCGCGACCAAAAGGCUGCGCGCAUACGCGAGUACGUAGGGCUACGCGUCCCAUGGGGUGCGUACUUACGUGCAAGCUAGGCACGCGAAUCGCGUAUCACGUCGCAUAUGCGCGCAAGUACGAUGUCGCGCCAUUGCCAGGUCGCGCUUCCUUUCCAUAGGCGUGGACGUUCGCGAGAAUGCCGGGAGCCGAUCGGCCGGUUCGGGGCGGAACAAAAUCAACAAAGAAUUAGGGGAUACAAGUAGAACGGUGAAUUUCGUCCAGAAUGCCCCGCCUAUGGCCGAUCGGCGAGCCGAGAGAUACUUAAGAGAUGGCCCUGGAACCGAGACGCGAGUGGCCCUUGAAUGCCUAGCAAUACUCAUUCGUAAGUAGCGUCGCGUGCGCGUUUCGUUCUAUUUCGUCCUUUUCGUUUCUUCUCUUUCGGAGCAAAAACGCAGCCCGCGCGCUACGCGGUGAGAUAAGGCGGCACAAAGACGGUCGAGUGUACAAGUAAUUACGACGAUUACGAGCGUAUGUACUUGCGACUGGGUGCGUGCACUUACCGCGAGGGCCGCUACCGGGAGUACUCGCGAGUACUCGCGCGAGUGCGCGGGGGAUAUUUCGGUGACCACGGAGGACCUUGUACAUAGUGUAUACAUAGCGACUCGAGAGUACGUUUAACGGCGAGACGAUGAAGAUAAAUAGGUAUAUAAUGNU